AUGGGAGAUCAUGUGGAAGAAUUUAACAGAAUCCUAGACUACAAGGAUAUGUUACUCCAAACAAAUCCUGGUAGCACUUGUGUUGUGAAUCUUAAAGAUUCAGAAUCAGGAAAUGGGAUGAAACAAUUUCACUCUUUUUAUAUUUGUUUUGAUGCUAUGAAAAAGGGUUUUAAACAAGGAUGCAGAAGAUGUAUAGGGCUAGAUGGGUGUUUUCUAAAGGGAAUUUGCGGGGGACAACUUUUGGUAGCAGUUGCUAAAGAUGCAAACAACCAAAUGUAUCCAAUAGCAUGGGCAGUCAUUGAUACUGAAAGCAAGUUGACAUGGAAAUGGUUCAUGACCAUUCUGAAAGAUGAUCUUAAUCUAGAAAAUUGUUCCCACCUAACUAUCAUUAGUGAUAUGCAAAAGGGACUAAUAGCUGCUGUAGAUGAACUAUUUCAAGAAUGUGAGCACAUAAUGUGUUCUAGACAUAUAUUAGCAAAUUGGUCACAAAACUUCAGAGGCUUAGAGAGAAGAAAGAAAUUUUGGGCUUGUGCUAGAUCAACAUUUGAGGCACAAUUUAAGUACAAUAUAAAUGCCCUGUCCAAGCUGGGAAUAGGUAUUGUUGAAUCUCUUAUCAAAUACAACAAGGAGACAUGGUGUAAAGCUUUUAUUCAAACAUUUUCAAAGUGUGAUAGCAUAGAUAACAACAUGGCAGAGAGUUUCAAUUCUUGGAUCUUGGGACCUAGGAACAAGACCAUUGUAACUAUGUUGGAAGAAAUUAGAGUUAAGAUAAUGAGUAGAGUGAGUAAGUCAAGAGCAUUUGCUGAAACAUGGACAGAUGGAAUAUCUCCAAUGGCAAUGAUGGUAUUCAAUACAAAUGUAACAAGAUCAAUGCAGUGCAACAUUGAAUGGAAUGGUGAUGUUGGAUUUGAAGUGUUAGAAGGGGUAUACAAGCAUACUGUGAACUUGGGUCAACAAAAAUGUAGUUGCAGAUCAUGGGAAUUAAAAGGCAUCCCAUGUGCACAUGGUAUAGCAGCAAUGAACCACUUGAACAUGGAUGCAUCACAAGCAAUAUCUAGUUGGUAUAGAAAAGACACAUAUAUGAAGACAUAUUCUCAUUUUAUUCAACCAGUCCCAAACAUGGAAAUGUGGCCUGAAAGUAGAAACCCAAUGGUUGAACCACCUGAGGCAAGACAAAUGCCUGGUAGGCCACCAAAGAAUAGAAGAACAAAAAUUGGUGAAGUGAGAAAAGCUGGAAAGUUGCCAAGAAUGGGGACAGUAAUGACAUGUUCACUUUGCAAAGGACCAAAUCAUAACAAGAGAAAUUGUCCAAAAAAUCCUAAAACUAAGUCUACACCAACACCCACUCAAGAGUCCACCACUGGAAAAAAGAGGGGUAGAGGUCAUUAUGAAAGAACAAGCACCAGUAAGACUGGUACAAGAAGAGGUGCAGGAAGUGGUUACAAGAAGAGGCCUAAAGUUGUUGGACAAGGUGUAUUUGUUGCUGAUACUGGAUAUACGUGUAUUAAUUUGAUAUUGCAGCAAGGAUUGUCUAGCAGAAGGAGGGUUAAUACUGGUGUGGUGAGUUCUGCACAUGUGACAGGUGAUAUUGGUUUUAAACCUACCAAGGGACUGAAGUGGAAAGGCAAACAGGCCAUGACUCAAAGACAACUUCAAGUCGAAAGUGUUGUGUGUCGUAUUCAAACCAGAUCAAAAGCUGAUGGCAUUCAAACAAGGUCACAAGCCAAAGGAAAAUCACUCUCAAAGAAAACUUAUUAG